GUGACACUUUAGUGCAGGCAAAUCCAUUGUGGGGCUUUCGCGGCCCAACUCCGCCCAUAAAAGCUUGAGACUUACUUAAAUUCCAUGUCAGUGCAAAAUAGAACAGCGUCAUGAGAGGACCGAAUGUAACAUUUAAAAACCAAACUGUUUUUCCAUACUUAGCAGUUUUAAUAAGUUAUAUUUAAUUUAAUUGUUUUUAUUGUUUAAGCCGUUAAAAAUCGAUUAGAAUAUCAAUUAUCGAUAUACAAUUUAUGAAAUAAAUCUGGCAACUCAACGACGAUGUAAGCAAAUUAGUAAACAAAUAAAGGUUCAUGAACAUAUGGAUCCAGAGUUUCUUGAUCUAACGAAAUUAUUUCCUCGUUGGGCAGAUAUAGAAAAUGUGGUCCAGAAUGAAGUCGAGGCACGCUAUAUACUCAAAAGAGCCACCGAAUUCAUGGAAAAUUUCCGUUUUAGAGAAGAUUCCAGUGAAGAGGAUAUUGGCUACCUUAUAAGUGCUUUGGUGGACAGAUACUGGGAACGAAUACACACGGGUCACUUUAGCAAUGUGCCUUUGGUUACAAGGAAGAUAUAUUCUAUAGGUUGUUACUUUAAGAUAUACUUCUUACUCCUGGAGAGCACAAACCCUGGUCAGAAAGAGCUGUGUAGUGGGAUUUUGGAUGAGGCUCAGCUAUUGGGCUGCAUGGAAAAUUGGAGUGAGCUGAAGGAGGCCUUAGUAGAUUACUUGGAUAAGGACAGACCAGAAGAUCCCGAAACCUUACCCAUUUUAGAGCCCUUGCCCCGAAUAUCCUGUACUUGCAAUAUACUUCAACUGGAAGCUCCCAGUCUGGAAGAGUUUCAAACAAAGUGCUUUCAGGCAGAACAGCCAUCACUCCUUCUGAACACCAUUCAGCAUUGGCCAGCUCUGGAUAAGUGGUUGGAUCUCAAUUACCUUCUCCAAGUGGCAGGAAAUCGCACUGUGCCCAUAGAAAUAGGUUCAAAUUAUGCCAGCGAUGAGUGGUCACAGCAGCUGGUGAAAAUCCGCGAUUUUCUACGCAGGCAAUUCGGAAAACAAGACAAUAAUUCAAGCCAUGAUAUUGAAUACCUCGCCCAGCACGAACUCUUUUCCCAGAUCCCAGCUCUUAAAAGAGAUAUUUCAGUUCCUGACUACUGUUCUAUAAGCAAAGAUGAUCCCCCGGGAGUUGUGGACAUUAAAGCCUGGUUGGGACCAGCUGGAACCAUUUCACCCAUGCACUACGAUCCCAAGCAUAACUUACUGUGCCAAGUUUUCGGCUACAAAAAAAUAAUAUUAGCUGCUCCUGAAGACACCAAGUACCUUUAUCCCCACCAUAACGAGUUCCUUGCUAAUACAUCCCAAAUAGACGCUGCACAUUUGGAUCUGGAGACCUAUCCUUUGUUGGGAAAGGUAAAAUUUUACGAGUUGCUGCUUCAACCUGGCGACUGUCUAUACAUGCCACCCAAAUGGUGGCACUAUGUGAGAUCUGAGUCCCCUAGCUUUUCAGUAAGUUUUUGGUGGGAGUAAUAACAUUUUUUAAAUAGUAAUUAUAGUUUUAACUUUGAUUAUCACUUUUCUUCUUUUAGUACUUGAAAAUAAAUGUUUAGCAAAGUCUUA